CUGAACUUCACACAUCACGGCCGCCUCUAUCUGCCGCAAAAUACACCAGAUACCGAGGAAUUGUUCAGGGCCACGCAAAUCCCCCAGGCUCUAAUUGUUCAUUUCGCUCGACAGCAUUGUCGUGAGCGCUUCCCAAAAUGGCGACGAGAAGAAUCGUGGCGUCGGAGAAGACAGUCCUGGAGAAGGAUGACCACAUCGGCGCCAGCCCGGCCGCGGGCGAGAAGUCGGACACGACCCCCGCCGUGCCCUUUGAUGUUAUCGUGAAGCUCCUGGCAUUCACCUUUGCCAUGAUCGUCGUGCCAAUCGGCUCCUACUUUGCCACCGUCAACAACGUGUUCAGUGGCAACUCUACAUAUGCUGGAGCCCUGGCUGCUAUCAUGGCGAACGUGGUCUUGAUUGCCUAUGUUGUCGUGGCCAUGAACGAGGAUCAGUCGGAGCAGCUAGAAAGGGAAGCGAAGAAGAAGAGCUGAAACAUCGGCCAGAUGCCGCCCUGCGUUGCUUUCGGGUCUUCCUUUUGGCUACAUCUGCUGCUAUGCCGGUUGACUGUACACCUUGUUUUUAUGGAAUCCCCGGAUUGAACAGAGUGGCUAGGCUUCCGUGACCAUGUUUUUACAUCACAACGGGAUGGGCCAGAUCAUUGGUAUUCGAUAGACUGUGAAGGACCGAGGACAUGCAGAGUCGGCGCUUCCAGUACUUGUCUCCUCGCUUACUAUGACGAUCACAAAAAUCUACAGUUGGGCCUGUAGCUCGCCUUUUUCUAUAUGCACCCUCCCCCUGUAUCAUUUGCUCUAUUUUUCCCCAUCUUGCCUGUGCACUUCUCUACCCCUUUCCUUGAUUCGACAUCCCUUCCCAC